AUGACGUAUCAGGCAGUUUCCCUGACGUCCUGUGGAGAAGAAAGCAGCGGCCAAACCAUCGCAGCGAGCAGUUCCAGUACCAACUCGCUAGCGGCAGCAAAGCCGAAGAUGGGCCAGCAAUGCUGUGGCGCAGACUGCCGGUGCAAAGAGUCGAGAGCAGAGUGCAAGGUGGCCCGUCAAGGGUCGGCGAGUCCGGCCUUGUCGACGGCGGACUCGGGCUAUCAUGAUUCCUUCUUCGAUGCCAGGGAGCGAGCUUCGGAAGAGGGCUCACCGUCGACGUCGGCGGCGGCGGCUGCAGUGGAGGCCGACGGGAAUACGGAGAAGAAUGACGACGAAGAUGUGAUCAGCGCAAGCUCGACCGCACACGAGAAUGACUCGAUACGCGAAGACGGAGCGCCCUACAUCACCGGACUGAAGCUUGUCCUUGUGAUUACGGCGCUCUGUAUGAGCGUGUUUCUUAUGGCGCUCGACAGCGCCAUCAUCGCGGUGGCCAUACCGAAAAUCACCGACGAGUUCAACAGCCUAGGCGACGUUGGCUGGUACGGCAGCGCAUACCUCCUGACCGUCUCGGCCUUGCAGCUCUUCUUCGGGAAGCUGUACAGUCAUUACAGUAUAAAAUGGAUCUACUUCACGGCCAUCGGCCUGUUUGAGCUGGGGUCCCUGCUCUGCGGCGCCGCGAGGUCUUCCCUCCUCCUGAUCCUCGGGCGCGCCAUCGCCGGCGUCGGGUCCGCGGGGCUCUUCUCCGGCUCUCUCAUCAUCCUCGCGCACUCGGUCCCCAUGGUCCGCCGGCCGCUCUUCACCGGGAUCCUGGGCUCCAUGUACGGCAUCGCCGUCGUGGCGGGCCCGCUGCUCGGCGGCGUCUUUACCGACAAGGCCACCUGGCGCUGGUGCUUCUACAUCAACCUGCCGUUUGGCGUGCUCAGCGUCGCCGCCAUCGCGUUCUGGUUCCGCGAGCCCGACCACGGCUCUCGGCGGACCCGGCAGCAGCUGCUGCAACCACACGACGCGCGCCCUUCGUGGUGGACCCGCGCGAAGCAGUUCGACCCGGUCGGCACCGUCGUCUUCAUGCCCGCCAUCGUGUCCCUGUUGCUGGGCCUACAGUGGGCCGGCACCGAGUACCCGUGGGGCGACGUGCGCAUCAUCGCGCUCCUGUCCCUGUUCGGCGUCCUCUUCGGCGUCUGGUUGGUCCUGCAGUGGUGGCAGGACGAGCAGGCCACGGUGCCGCCGCGCAUCAUCAAGAAGCGCACCGUCUGGGCGGCGGCGUUUUACGCCUUCACCGGGGGCGCCGCCUUCGUCAGCUCCAGCUACUUCAUCCCCAUCUGGUUCCAGGCCGUGCAGGGCGUGUCGGCCGUCGAGUCGGGCAUCCGGAUCUUGCCGUUCCUGCUGGCCCUCGUGGCCGCGUCGCUCAUCUCCGGAGUGGUUGUCACCGUCUGGGGCUACUACACGCCUUUCCUCUGGAUCUCCACCGUGGUCAUGUCGGUCGGCUUCGGGCUGCUGUCCACGUGGAACCCGCGCACGAAACAGGCCAUCUGGAUCGGAUACCAGGUCAUUGCCGGCGCCGGCGUGGGCUUCGGCAUGCAGCAGCCCAUCAUCGCCGUGCAGGCCGUGCUCGACCUCGAGGACGUGCCCAUGGGCACCGCCGUCAUCGUCUUUGUGCAGAGUCUGGGCGGCGCCCUGUUCGUCUCCAUCGCCGAGAGCAUCUUUGUCAACAAGCUGGUCGCCUACCUCCAGACCAUGUUCCCGAGCUUGGACCCAAAAAUCAUCUUCACCGCGGGGGCCACCGACCUCCGCACCGCGAUACCCAAAGAACUCUUGCCCCGGGUCAUCAGGAGCUACAGCGACGCGUUGACCAAGACCCUCCUGAUGAGUGCGUGCCUGGCGGCGGCGAGCGUGUUUGGAAGCCUCGCCAUCGAGUGGAGGAGCGUCAAGGGGAGGGAGAUCAAGGUGGGCAUGGCGUGA